UUGCUGUCCAACGUAGAACUCCGACGAUCCAUUUCGCGGUGGCUUUCAUGGCUGCACUUGAUACCGGAGCGAGGAGACAUCCUUCUUCUUUCUUAACUUGCUUUGCUCUAUUACUAUUCAUUGCUACGCUGUUCCUAUUCUCGGCCCUUCGCCGCUCGUUCUCCCCCGAGGGUUUAUCCGUUGGUGUCCAGCCGUCGGCGUUAAGGAGAGAUGUACCUGGUGAAGACUAUUGUGACUACUCGAACGGAAAUUGGAUACGAGACCAGAGUUCCGUCAUCCCUCGUUAUGAUAACUCUUGCAAGGAGAUCUUUAAGGGUUGGAAUUGCAUAUCCAGCGGCAAAUCGAACGCCCGCGAGCUGCUGCAGUGGCGGUGGAAGCCCUUGGGCUGCGAUCUCCUCCCUCUUGAUCCCGUCCAUUUUCUUCGCCGAUUCAGAAACAAAAGCAUAGGUUUUGUUGGCGAUUCUUUAAAUCGGAAUAUGUUUGUCUCUUUGUUCUGCAUGUUGAGGAAAGUUUAUGUGGGGGAGGUGAGGAAGUGGCGGCCUGCGGGUGCUGACAGAGGAUUUACCUUUGUGCGCAACAACCUAACAGUGGCGUAUCAUCGGACUAAUCUCCUGGCACGCUAUGGUAGUUGGUCAGCCAGCUCAAAUGGAGGCGCCUUAGAGUCUUUUGGUUUCAAACAAGGCUAUCGGGUAGAUGUCGAUGUACCUGAGCAUACAUGGGCAGAGGCUCUUCCCUUCCAUGAUAUCAUUAUCUUCAACACCGGGCAUUGGUGGUGGUCUCCAUCAAAGUUUGAUCCAAUUUGGUCACCAAUGUUAUUUUUUGAGAAGGGUAUGCCUGUGUUACCUACUAUAUCUCCAGAUGUUGGCAUCAGUAUCACUUUGAAACAUAUGAUAUCUUACAUAGAAAAAAGGAUGAAGUCUGAUGGCAUCAAGUUUUUUCUUACUCUGUCUCCUAGACACUUUGAAGGAGGUGAGUGGAAUCAAGGUGGUUCAUGUAGGCGUGUACAACCACUUGGGAUAAAAGAAGUUGAAGAUUUAUUUAGUUUGGAGAAAAAUGGAACGAAUGUGGAGGUUCGCUUGGUGAAUCAACAUCUCAUGAAGGCACUUAAAGGGUCCAGCUUUCACAUUCUUAAUAUAACUCAUAUGAGCGAGUUCAGGGCAGAUGCCCAUCCUUCAAUCACAGGAGGAAAGAAGCAUGAGGACUGUAUGCAUUGGUGCCUCCCUGGAUUGACAGACUCGUGGAUUGAUUUGCUCAUUUCACUUUUAGAAAACUUGAAAUCUUAAUAGUUUCAACUACUCAUUGAUUUAUUAUUAUUAUAUAUAUAUAUAUUUUUGUCUUUAGCUUUUAGGAGUUUCAUUGGUGAGGCUGAUAUGCCAAAUUUAAACAUUAUGUGUAAGUUUACACAAAGUUGUGUCUAUUAUUAUUAUUUUUUGAAA